CUUCAUCUUUUUUCCUUGCCACUGCUUCCCAGAGUGCUAGCCUUUUCUUAAUUGAAGCAGUGAAGAGUCCAUUUAGCAGGAAGGUUGGAGGAAACAGCCUGAAGACCAUUCAUCUAAAUCAUUCCACCGAUGAAAACAGUUGCUCACUACAUCUAUCAUAAUUUCUUCUCAGUGUCCUAUGAGAGAUUAGUUGCUAUAACUAUGCAGAUACACAUGUGCCUGGUAGAGCUAUGCAGACCUUCCCAUCUAGGGCAGUUGAACCAGGCCACUGAAAAAAACUGCUUUUUGCAGGUAUAAAUUAUGUACCAAAAGAAGUUAACAGAUGAAAAACCAUUUUUCUUUCUUUUUUUUUUUUCUUUUUUUCCCCCAGUUGCAGCAGUUUCAUAAAAUGUGAUGCCCCCUCUACCUUGCAGUGCUGUGCUGGCAAGCUUUUUUAAGAACAAGUGAGGCCAAAAUCCUCAUCUGGCUGCUUUGUUGCUCCCAUUGAUGCUCUUGUCCAGGACAGCACCUUGGCUCUGCAGCUGGUGAAGGUACUCGCGUCCGAGGGCAGAAGCUGCGUGAGUUUCCCCACCGGGGGAUGCGGGAGCUGCUCACCCCGGCUGUCUCCCCGGCGGCUUCCCUAAAGCACUGGUUCGUGCCGGCGGAGGUUGUACGAGCUGGAGUCGCUGCCCACGGCCUCUUCCUCGGACAAAACCGAAGUCUCUUGCCUUGGCUCGGUUUCCCUCUGGGCGCGGAGCUGCCGGCUGCAGCAGCUGCGUAGGAGGGAGUUACAGCGCGGGGGGGCUACGGCAGAUGCAGGCGGCUCUGGGUGACCUGGGUGGCUUCUGCCGGGGGCGAACCCCGCACACGGUGCACACGGACUGCACCGGGGGGGGCGCCGCUCCCCGGCCCGGUGCUCCCCAUCGCCGCCGCGCGGUGGCGCCAUCGGACCGGCGAGCGCUGCGGGUGCCCCGCACCGGGCAGCGCCCCCCCGCCCCGCCCCGGGCAGGGCGGUGGCACCGCCGGGGAGGGGGCGGCGUGCGCCCCCCGGGACGGGUACCGGGACGCGCUCCUCCCUGCGGCGCCACAGUGCUGCCCGGGGGGCUGCCGUCGGGGCGGGAGGAGGAGGGGCCCCGGCGGCGGCGGGCAGAGGCGCGCAUGGAGCGGCUGGGGAGCAACGGGAGCUGCCCGGGCUGCGGGCGGGACGGGGUUCCGUCGGCGCGGACCGCCACUGCCCUGGCGGCCGUGCUCAUCUUCACCAUCGUGGUGGACGUGCUGGGCAACGCGCUGGUCAUCCUCUCGGUGCUGAGGAACAAGAAGCUCCGCAACGCCGGCAACAUCUUUGUUGUGAGUUUGUCUGUCGCAGACCUCGUAGUUGCGGUUUACCCAUACCCUCUGAUCUUGAGCGCCAUUUUCCAUAAUGGAUGGACCAUGGGAAAUGUUCACUGCCAGAUAAGUGGGUUCCUGAUGGGCUUAAGUGUCAUCGGGUCCAUUUUCAACAUCACGGCAAUUGCAAUCAACCGCUACUGCUACAUCUGCCACAGCCUUCGGUACGAUAAGCUCUUCAACCUGAAGAACACCUGCUGCUAUCUCUGUGUGACCUGGAUACUCACAGUGGUGGCAAUUGUGCCAAACUUCUUUGUUGGCUCCUUGCAGUAUGACCCCCGGAUUUACUCCUGCACCUUUGCCCAGACGGUGAGUACAUCAUACACCAUCACAGUGGUGGUGGUUCACUUCAUCGUCCCACUCUCCAUAGUGACGUUUUGUUACCUAAGGAUCUGGAUUUUGGUGAUUCAGGUCAAACACCGGGUGAGACAAGACUGCAAGCAGAAGCUCAGAGCAGCUGACAUCCGGAAUUUCUUGACUAUGUUUGUUGUUUUUGUCCUUUUUGCUGUGUGCUGGGGACCGUUAAACUUUAUUGGCCUUGCUGUUUCAAUUAAUCCUUCAAAAGUGCAGCCACACAUUCCAGAAUGGCUUUUUGUCCUGAGUUAUUUUAUGGCCUAUUUUAACAGCUGCCUCAAUGCGGUGAUCUAUGGGCUUCUUAACCAGAAUUUCCGGAAGGAAUACAAAAGGAUCCUGCUGACACUCCGGACUCCCAGGAUGCUCUUCAUCGAUGUGUCCAAGGGUGGAACAGAAGGGAUGAAAAGCAAGCCAUCCCCAGCCGUAACAAACAACAACCAAGCUGAAAUACACUUAUGAGUCAGAACAGUACUAUUUAUUUUGGAAUACAGUAGUGUAUAUAAUAUAUAAAAGCCUUUCUGUGUGGGCAUUUCACAGCUGGUGUUGCUGCCUGUUGUGCAAGGAAGGAGUCUGCUACCUUUCAUGUUUAGCUUAUCGCUGUGACAUCAAGGCUUGAGUAAGGAUUUUCAGAAUGGAAAUUAUUGAUUUUUAUCUUUUCUUUUUCCUAUGCCAUCUUUCACCACGUGCCUAAUUAAUUAGUUUGGUUGCUUUUGCCACAAGCAUGCCGAUACCCUCAAAAAGGGAAUCGUUCAGAGUGCGUGGGGAAAUGCAGUUAUGCUUGAAAUGCAGCCUUCAAGAGCCAGCAAAAUCACCAUGUAUUGCGCUCAAAACUUUCUUCUUUCCCUCUGAAUUCUAAUUUUUUUUAGCAUUAAUGUAACCCAAACUAUAGCAAACAAAAUGGAAACUGCAUGACCUUUUAUGUUUUCACUUGGGUAACAGUAUUAGCCAGCAGGCAUACAUGUGGGCAUGGUGACUUCCACCGUUUGCGAGUUCAUUUUUCUUUUUCUUCUUCUUUUUAUUUUUCUUUUUUCUUGAGGUUUUGAAGCUAGCCUGGGCUAGAUGUGAGGCAGGCAAAAGCCAGACCCGGUGAAUGUCUGGUGCACUCAUUUUAAUUGAAUGUCUACAGAUAUUAAGUACCCUUGCACUUUCCUUCCCAGGCCAGGAGUAAGAGUAUAACAUAUGACAUAAUGUAAUUGCAGGAAGAUACUUGGAGCCUGAUUCUGAUUUAGGCAGUCUCCUGUCAUGGCCAGCAUUUGUUCCAAAUGUCUUUCAGAAGUCCCUGCUACAUGAACGUCAUAAAAAAAGAUGAACAUAGCAGAGUCCCAUCUGUUUAAUGCAGAUGCUGGCUUUUAAGUUCCAGUAAUAUUUACACUUGCAGACAAAGGGAGAAGGGGAAGAAGGUGUUUAUUCCAAGCAUCUCUCCUUUUGCCUACCACAUAACAUGAAUUUAGUGGGGGUGAGGGGCAAGUGGAUAAUUUUUAAAUUUUUUUUUAUUUUAUUCAUAUACAAACCUGUAAUUAAUUCGUGGAGCUGGGAAAGGAAAGCUACUUGAGCAUAUUUAUGCAUCAGUUUUCAGUUAAAACCUGAACUCUGUUAUCUUUGUCAUUGGAAAUGAUGUCCUGAAGUGCUGGGAAGGCCAGUAUCACAUCAGAGACAAGCACAUGGACUUUUUCCUUAACAGAGGGACAGGGUGGGGUUGACGGCAGCUGUCUGUAAAUAUGACUUGUUCUUUUUUUCCUUAGCUCCAUUGUGAAUUUGUCUCCUUAUGUUAUUAACUGUGUGGAUCCUUCUUUGAAACAGUCCCAUAAAAUCAACAGGUAAAACUCCCCUGGUGCAACUCUACCUUCAAGUGAGCAAACCUGGCCUGAUGCUGGUGUACGGAGAGGCCCAGCGGGAGCUGUGUGAUGGAGAGGAGCAGGUCUGAGCCCCAUGGGUCUGAGACCAGCAGUCAGCCCUGCUCCUGAUCAGAGAGUGCAGUCUUCUCUCUUUGAUCUUAUCCAAAGUAGGACUAGUUUCAGGGCUGAACCCUGAAACACUGAGAACCAGACUUUGCAAUAGCAUGUAGGUGCCUAGAGAUAGAGGUAUGUAGGAUUUACCAAAACCCUGAGCAGGCUAAGUGCCUAAUACUUAGUGAAGUUAACAAGCCAUUUGUGCAUCGCUUGCUGAAAGCCACUUGUUGCUGAGCAUCUCUUCUGCUGAUUUUUGUUGGGGGAAGUGGAGUUGAGAGAAAUUAAGCCCCUUUAUGAAGUGGACAUGGUGCGUUGCUUCAGUGUGGGCUGUGGUGUGCCUGCUGCCAUGUGCGGAAGGUUGUUGCAAUGCAGGGGGGGUCUCUGCACUUAUAGGGCACCCUGGCACUUUAUGAAGUUUCAAACUUGAACAUCUCAGCUAUUUCAGACGAUUAUUGUUUUAAAAUGCACUGCAGCCAGCCUCCCAUAAUAGGAAUCAAAAUGAGUUCUGUUUUGGCCUCUUAAUUUGCCUGAGCAUGGCCAAAUAGAGGUAUCUUGACCCUCAGAAAUAAUGUGGUCCGUUUGCCUUCCAGCAAAACCAGUGUGGAUGAAUUCACACCAUUCCAUGCAAACAAAAUCAUUUUGAGUCAAACUUGGAUAAGAAAAGCACUGAGUAAUCCAUAUCUGCAGAGACUGUUUGUCCUGUCAUGCCAAGGAGAUGUCCUGUGUUCUGUGAUUAGUCUUCAAAGCUGUUUGCAAUUAGCCACAACAGUGUUAGAAUCACGUUAACAAAUAUUUUUAAGCAUCUAGCGCCAAGCCAAAUAUACUCCUUUAAGACAAUCGUGAAGAAUCUUGUACAGGUUUGCCAAAUGUCUCAAAUACCCCACAACUGGGGUUUUAUCCUACGAAUUCUUGUCUUGUUAACUGAAUGUUCAGUGAAGGCAGUGUGGUAUUUUUUUUUUUUCUUUAAGCUUGUAUUUGCACUAUUUCUUAUUCAGGCUCCAAAGUAACAGCCAGCGAGUGUUUGAACCAAACCAAGUAAGCCAAAGAGGUCCUGAACAGGCAAGCCAUGGGAGUCUCUGCUAGCACCUGGUAGGAAGGGGAGCAGCAGGAGCGCGAUAGGGCACGUCCCCAGGACUCACAGAGAGUCACUGCUGGACCAGACUAUGCAAAGUGAGAGGGGGAUCUGCUUGUCUUCCGCUGCAAGGUCUUUGCAGGGGACAGGCUGGGUACCUGCUGUGCCGGGGUGGGUGCUGAGCAGCUCCCCGCCCGUGCAGACCUUGCCAGCACCCCGCAGGGUGGGGAUGGGUCUGCGAUGGGCUCCGUGCACGUGACAGCACGGAGAGCUUGCCCUAGCAUGACCUGUUCAGAACUGCUUUGGGUGUCCCAGUGUGAGGAAGGGCUGACCAAGGCUGAGCCCAGAACUGGCGUGAUUCAGCUGCUGCAGUCCUGCUGGAGCUGAGGUUUGCAAUAUGAAGCACAAAAAGCAGGGAACAUGGCUUCAAAAAGAGAACACUGUGCCAUUUGCUAGCACCUUGAUACGGAGACAGUGCUUAGGAUAAGAUUUUAUACUGACUUAUUUUAAAACUACCCAAGCAGCUCCUUAUUUAUAUUAAGAAAUGGUUAACAGGGUACAGAUAGUGUAUUGUGUUAACAUUUGUUUACAGAAAAAGUGAAGUGCAUCUUAAACUUGGAAUCCUGAGCAGUGUUAGGGUUUCCCUGUGGGAAUCUAGCUUUAAUCCCAAUUUGAGCUGCCAAGGAAAUCCCACAGUUUAAACCACACUCUGUCAAUUCCACCUGUGGUGUACCUACCUUAAAGUCUCGGAAAUAACACUGAGAUCUCCUAUAAACUGGUUUUAAAUCACUUGCUCUGGAUUUGACCUGGUGGUGUUGCAUAUCUAGUCUAGCUCUAAACUCAAAAAUUGUUGUACUGAACCUGAAUUUAUGGAAAGGCAGCAUUGCCAUGAAGGAAUAUGAAUCUCUUGCCACAAAGAAAUACUUCUGGAUGUUGCUAAUGAAUGUUAUUUAAUCUAUUUAAGAAGAAUGUAACCAUUAUAUUUAUAUAUAAAUAUAUAUUGCAUAUGCUGUUUCCAUUUUAUCAUUUGAUUAAGAAUCCUUCAGUAUUCUUCCCUCUUGCUAUUUUUGUUUAUAAAGUAGAUUCAUUCCCUUUGCCUGUUAAAACUGUAAUAAAUCUGCCAUUUGACUGCUUUUCAGGUUUUUUUUUCCACUUGCAGUUACUUUUUAAUAAAUAUUUGGAACACUA